CUAUGUACGUACAAGGUUCCAAUAGCAAAGAACUUUUGGAAGCUUCAACCAAGGGUCCACAACGACAUCGCGCGUCGCGACAAUUUGAAUCUUGAUUGAAUUUUUAUCUUCACGCAACAUCCUUCGAUUCGCAUUCCCAACAACACCAUACACAGAAUCGUAAUCCACGACACAGUUACUCAAUCAAAAUGUCGGGGGCGAAGCAUUGGGAGCAAGAUAAAGAAGCCACUGUCUAUGUGGGUAAUAUCGACGAACGUGCUACCGAUGCUCUGAUAUGGGAGCUGAUGGUCCAAGCCGGCCCUGUAGUCAACGUACAUCUGCCCAAGGAUCGAGUUACCCAGUCGCAUCAGGGCUUCGGUUUCGUCGAAUUCAAUGGCGAGGUCGACGCCGACUAUGCCGCCAAGAUCAUGAACGGCAUCCGACUAUACGGGAAAGCGCUACGUGUUAACAAGGCAUCGGCAGACAAGCAAAAGCCUCUAGAGAUUGGCGCAGAACUCUUCAUCGGCAACCUCGACCCCAUGGUGGACGAAAAGGUUCUAUACGACACCUUCAGCAGAUUUGGAACUCUCAUCGCACCCCCCAAGGUGGCUCGUGACGACAACGGGUUGAGUAAGGGGUAUGGUUUUGUCAGCUACAGCAGUUUCGAGGCUAGUGACGAUGCUAUCAACAACAUGAACGGCCAAUUCCUCAUGAACAAGGAUGUCAGCGUACAGUAUGCCUACAAGAAGGAUGGUAAAGGCGAGAGGCACGGAGACGAAGCCGAACGAAUGCUCGCUGCUCAAGCAAAGAAGCACAACGUCACUAUCGAAAGCCAGCCCAUGCCGCCGGGACUUCUCCAAACACCUACCCCCGCCACACCCGCCCCGGCCGCCGUCGCUCCGCCAGUUAUGGCUGCUGGCGGAUUUGAUCCUUCUAUGGCUGCUGGUAUUCCUCCUCCAAGACCACCCGUCGGCUUCGCCCCUCCUCCCACUGCUCAUCGCGGCCCCCCUCCCCCCUUCGGGGUUAAUGGCACGCCACUACCUCCCGGAGCCGGAAGAUCGAACGCUUUGCCUCCGGCACCGUCAGGUUUGCCUGCCCGUCCGCCGCCAUCUCAAGCUGGUUAUGGUAGCCCUGCGGACUUUCAUCCUGGCGGAUUCAGGAUGCCACCGCCUGGUUUUGGUCCUCCGCCGGGCAAUGUGCCUCCGCCUCCGCCACCUGGAUUCACCCCCGGUUACGGCCGCUGAGGUUCGAUGCUACUCGGGAACGGACAAUGAAUCUUAUCCCGAUAUUACCAGUCAUUCCGUCCUACGUGGUCUCGGUAUCAAGAUUUCGUGCUCGUGGAAAAAUUGAGGUCCUUGUACAAUGAUGCCGACGACUGAGCCUAUCAAAGUGCGAUGAGUAAGGACAAGUCGGCCUUCAUAUCCUCGCGAACCAUGGGUUCAUCCAUCGACCACUACAUGUAUGAAUAGGCUGGUAACCAUUGGGGGCAUGAAAAGGGAGUCUAAAACGGCGUUACCUACUUGGAAGAUACCCUAGCCGAUAACAUUUACAUAAAAGUCGG